UGUUUUGAAGGCAGAGUGCGCCUGCGUCAUUCCUGGUGGAACGCAAGCUAGCAGGUAACCAGUUAGCUGAGCAUAGAACAGCGAUGGCGACCGACCAACGCGUACGUUACGGUCGGUUUAUGUCUGCGCGUCAUUGACAGUUCUUUGUAGAAGUACAAUACAAAACAAAGGCGUGUCGUUAUGGCGACCGGAGGUGGCGGCAGCAGCGGCAGCGGCUUAGCGUCAAACCAUGACCCUCAGGAAGCAGCAUCCAACUCGGCUCAGUCUGGAGCCGCGGCAGUGCUCGCCAACGUUCCAGCCUCCGGUCCUGCCCCGUGUGCCUCCCCGCCUGUCCUCGGCCUUCAAAGGGAGCCCAUGUAUAACUGGCAAGCGACGAAGAGCUCCCUGAAGGAGCGCUUUGCUUUCCUCUUCAACAACGAGCUACUCAGCGACGUGAAGUUCAUAGUGGGGAAAGGCAGACAGGCCCAAAGGAUACCGGCCCAUAAAUUCGUCCUGGCCGCAGGCAGUGCCGUCUUUGAUGCCAUGUUCAACGGUGGGAUGGCCACGACCUCAACUGAAAUAGAGCUGCCUGAUGUAGAGCCGGCAGCCUUCCUCGCCCUGCUCAGGUUCCUGUACUCUGAUGAGGUCCACAUUGGUCCAGAAACCGUUAUGACAACUUUGUAUACGGCUAAGAAGUACGCUGUCCCUGCUCUGGAAGGUCACUGUGUGGAGUUCCUCACCAAGCACCUCAGAGCUGACAAUGCAUUCAUGCUCCUCACUCAGGCAAGGUUAUUCGAUGAACCUCAACUUGCCAGUCUCUGCUUGGACACCAUAGACAAAAGCACUGCAGACGCAAUAAAUGCAGAGGGCUUUACAGAUAUUGACCUUGACACUUUAUGUGCAGUGCUACAAAGAGACACACUCAGCAUCAGGGAGAACCGUCUGUUUGGUGCGGUGGUACGCUGGGCCGAGGCCGAGUGUUACAGACAACAGCUUCCCCCAACCUCUGAGAACAAACAGAAGGUUCUGGGUAAAGCCCUCCCGCUCAUCCGCUUCCCACUCAUGACCGUUGAGGAGUUUGCUGCAGGGCCUGCCCAGUCUGGAAUAUUGUUCGAUCGGGAGGUGGUAAAUCUGUUUUUACACUUUACAGUAAACCCCAAACCCCGGGUCGACUACAUUGACAGGCCCCGCUGCUGCCUCAGGGGGGAGGAGUGCAGCAUUAAUAGAUUCCAGCAGGUUGAGAGUCGAUGGGGGUACAGCGGUACCAGCGACAGAAUCAGAUUCAAUGUUAACAGAAGAAUAUCCAUAGUGGGGUUUGGCUUGUAUGGUUCAAUACACGGACCCACUGACUAUCAAGUCAACAUACAGAUCUUGGAGAGCGACAAACGCAUUACACUGGGGCAGAACGACACAGGCUUCAGCUGUGACGGCACAGCCAGCACGUUCAGAGUGAUGUUCAAAGAGCCUGUGGAAAUCCUACCCAAUGUCAGCUACACUGCUUGUGCCACCUUAAAGGGCCCAGACUCUCAUUAUGGCACGAAGGGGUUGAAGAAACUGACCCAGGAAUCAGCCACGGGGACCAAGACAACUUUUUUCUUCAAUAGCUCACCUGGAAAUAACAAUGGUACAUCAGUGGAGGACGGGCAGAUACCAGAGAUCAUCUACUACACCUAGACUUAAAAUGCAUGGUGUCAUGCAGGUACACUGAAACAAGGACACCUCAGACUGCUGGGAAGACUGGACUGCUUGAGAUAUUAGUAGUGCCUCUGUCUAUACAAUGGCGUUGUACAGACAUGAUCAGGAAUGUGGAAACAGAGUUGUGGGGAAAUGACAGCUCUGGUGUGAUGAAAAGUUUUAUGGGCAUAAACUCUACCAUCAGUUAUAAAGAAUCUAAAUACUGAUGUCCUGUCUACAUGUUGUUAUUCUUAAGCUGCAAGUGCUAGAGUUUAUCCUGCACGAGUGAAACUACAGAGACCGCUGACAAUUGUUGGCCGACGCCAUUUAAUUUUUUUCUUAUUUUAUGUGUUUUUUUUGCUGAUGCAUUUAUUGAAAGUAUAGUAUUUGCAUAUUUUUUAUUGUACAUUGUUUUCAUUUAUUCAGCAGGUGUCUUCAUGUACUUUGUUUUUGUGUUAGGGAUUGAUGUUUGUUAUGUAACUGGUACCUGUUGUAAUUUAUGACUUCAUGUUUGCUUAGCACUUCAUUAAAAUGUAACAAAAAAAGGAAAAAACAAAACUUUGCAGGACUUUUAUGGUCACAUAAAAAAAGUAUAUUUUUAGCUCUUUGGCAAUAAAAUGUGGCAAGACCAAA